GGGGUAAAAUGAUAUUUUUAAUGUUUUAAAUGUGUACUUUUUUUAUGUAAUUUAAUUACUUUAAAUUAAAUGUAUUAUCUAUGGAUUCAAUUCACUCAAUUCCAAUUUAUUUUACUAUACCUAAAGUAAAAUAUAGUUUGAAAUAACAUAGUAACGGCAAUGAAACAGUAAUUGAUGAAAACACCACGAGCUAUAAAAUGCGCACUCAUUAAUUGUCAUUAUAAAUAAAAUCAUCACUGUUAAUAGUGAUCAAAAUGAGUUCAAUCAAAAAGUUUGUACACGUAUUCGUCGGUUGUUGCUCGAGUGCUUUCUUAAUGGAAAUUCUCAUGACAAAAAUGCCAGAGUGCGCUACUUUUAUUACAUUUCUUCAAUUUUUAUUCAUAACUGUUCAAGGUUUUGUGGUAACAACAAAAUUAGGAACAAUUGCGCCAAAAAUACCUUUAAAAAGCUAUGGAAUUUUGGUUACACUAUUUUUCAUAUCAAGUGUAGCAAAUAACUAUGUCUAUGCAUUACAUGUUCCAUCCACUCUACAUAUGAUUAUAAGAUCUGCUUCAUCACCAGCCAGUUUGUUGGUCUAUUGUUUAAUAAAAAAACAAAAACCAAAACUGAACAAGACUGUAGGUUCGAUUCUUAUAAGUUUUGGGGUUGCUUUAGCUAUGUAUGGUGGUGCUCCCCCAACCGAGCAAAAAGGUAAAUUCAUUUAUUGGUGCAUAGGAGUCACUAUAUUGCUGUCAACACUGAUAACCGGUGCAUUCACUGGCCUUCAACAAGAAAUACUUUACACAAAGUAUGGGAAACAUCCUGAUGAGAUGAUGUUUUAUACCCACGCAAUACCUUUGCCCCUGUUUAUUGGAAUUUAUCCCCAGCUGAAGAAUAUCUCCAAGAACAUAAGUUUGGAUGUCUGGGUCCUUAUUAUAUUAAGUAUAAUUUCUCAAUAUUAUUGUACACAUUCUGUCCACAAGUUAGGUACAACAGAAACAACAGUGACUGUCACUUUUAUAUUAACCUUAAGAAAAUUUGCAUCCUUAUUAUUAUCUUCUGUAGUUUUCACCAACAAUCUCACUGUGUUUCAUUGUAUUGGGACUGUAUUUGUAGCACUAGGCACUUAUGUAUAUUUUGAUUAUUUUAUUAGUAAUAAACAAGUAUCUGUAAGUCUUAAAGAUAGAUAGUCUUAUUAUUGUUGGUAAUUAGGUAGCUAAUUAAGUAUUUUUUUGUUGUCAUUGAGACUUCGCUGAUGAAGAAAACAUUCUGAUAAGUUUAAUUUCAUAACUAUAAUUGUUAUCUUGAUAACAUUUUAAAUUAAAAAUAAAACUAAAAAUUUACAUCAAAAUUAUAUUUAAGUCAUCUUAAUAAUAUCUAUGAAGUAAAA